AUGAUGCUUCUCUAUUCUGUGGAACAAGCAACUGGGAUUGCAGGGGACGGGUACACCUCUCGCGUUGCCUGCAAGGGGGAAACUGACCGGCCGACCGAUCAGGGGCGUGUCCGUAUGGGUCUCCUCAAGAAACCUGCCGACGGAGGGUGGGGGGAUGAUUCGCUGAUGGGCGACAAGGUAUCGCCUUUACGUUGA